AUGACUGUUUUAUUUCCUUCUCAAAACGACACACGUCCAUUAUUACAAAAAGUUAAAGACAUUAAUAAAAAUGUUAAUUACAAUAAUUAUAGUUAUGGUACAUUUCCUGAUAAAAAUAUAGGCACUGCCAAAGAUGUAUUAAUACAAGUUCAAACAUUAUUAAACGUUAAUUCCACCGUAAAGGCCGAUCAAAUUGAGUGUGGCAACGGCAACAAAGAUUUCUUUAAACCUGUAACGGAUUUAAGUGGCAUUCUUCCAUAUGGCGGAGAUUUGAUAGUAAAAAACACUGGUAGUGUAGCCAGAGAUUACUUUGCCCUUGAAAGAACAUUCUUAUCUUGGUUACGAAUGGGUGUGACUUUAGUGAUUGUUGGUUUUAUAAUCUAUUUUCGCUCUUGUAUAAAUCUUAGUCUUGAACAUUCACAUAUUUCAUAUGCAAUUGGAAAAUCGGAAACUAUUUUAAUUCCUGUAAAAAGUUCUAAAAAUUCUAAUCCCAAUUAUGAUGUAAACGCUUUAAGAGCUAUUGAACAUUAUAUGCAAAAACCAAUGAAUGAUAUCUCAAUUAAACAUACUCCUACAAAAAAUCUUUCUUCAACCAAUAAUUUAUUAAACGAUUUAAAUAAUUUAAAUGCAUUUGAUCCAAAGUAUCUUAAUAUUCUCAAAGAGCGACUUAAAAAAUUAUACAGUAAAGAUGUAGAAUUUCAAUUGAUUCGACAUCCUUAUCCUUUUCUUAAUGCUAAAAUUUUAGCUCAAUAUAUAGCUUUAAAUACUGCACGUUAUAGACUUCGACAAAUUCGUCGUAUGCUUUUCAAAAAAAUGCCAUUGGUUGGUCGAAAUGUGGGAGAACCUACCAAAGUUAAUAAAGGUGGACCACUAAUAAAUGAUUUAAAUGCUGCUUCACCUACAAAAUGGAUACAAUUAUCUGGUCUUGGUCACAGAUUUUUACCUACUCAUUUAACAGGAUUUAGAAUGCAAAUUUCUGGCAGAAUGGGUCUCAGAAAAGGAGCAUCUAGAAGUAGUGUAGCUACUAGUUCUUGGGGUAGAUUUAGAUUUAAUACAAUGAAGAAUACAAUGAUUGAUUACGCAAAGGUAGAAAAGAAAAAUCAAAAUGGUGCUUAUUGUGUUAAAGUUUGGCUCAGUUCUUCUUAG